UUUUAGUUAAAAAUAAAGAUAUGAUAUUUGCAUUAGUUGCACAUGAAGAUAAUUUGAAUGAAAAGUCUGACAUAGUGGCAUGUGACAUCAGAAAAAUUUGCUUCUCUCAAAUAUUUUUGGGUUUCUCUGUGUUUUUAAUGAUUCUUGUAGAUGGAGGGGCCAAAGAACCUAAUAUUUUUGAAAGAGCAGAGGAAGAGGUUGAAGCAGUGCUGCAGACCGUGAAAACGCAUCACAAUCACCAUAAGGAAACUCAUGGAAUGCGAGUAGACAUUGAUGAAAACACCCCCUUAGGUGAGGUCAAGGCACCUAAUGUGUUUGAACGAGCAAAGGAGGAGAUUGAGGCUCUCGUUGAAGCAAUCCAUGAGAAGGAAGAGUCACAAACUCAUGACAAAAGGGACCAAUCUACAAAGGCAGAAUUGAAUCAUGAGAAGUCAGAAAAAGAUGCGAAGGAACCUAAUCUAAUUGAAAGAGCAAAGGAACAGUUUGAAGCAAUAUUCCACUCCGAGAAGUCACCUCCUCCUCAUCAUCACAAAGAAACUCAUGGAAUGAGCAAUGACAUUGACGCGAGCACCCCACUCAAUGAAGUUAAAGCACCAAAUGUUCUUGAACGAGCCAAAGAAGAAGUUGAAGCCAUACUCGAAACAAUUCAUCCUAGCAAAAAGGAAUGAAGGGAUUAUGUUUCCUCCCUGGAGAAAGACGAGGGAUUCAGACACUGCCUCGGAAUUGGGUUGGAAGAAGUAUGCUUUCCUUGGCGUAGUAAAAAAGAUUAACAUCA